UUUCCUUCUCAGGCAUGGAAGAGGCGGUGGUUUGUGCUCCGAAGUGGCCGUUUGACGGGAGAUCCAGACGUAUUGGAAUACUACAAAAAUGAUCACGCCAAAAAGCCCAUCCGCAUUAUUGACUUAAACUUAUGUCAACAAGUAGAUGCUGGAUUGACAUUUAACAAAAAGGAGUUUGAAAACAGCUACAUUUUUGAUAUCAACACUAUUGAUCGAAUCUUCUACUUAGUAGCAGACAGCGAGGAGGAAAUGAAUAAGUGGGUUCGUUGCAUUUGUGACAUCUGUGGGUUUAACCCUACAGAGGAAGAUCCAGUGAAGCCCCCUGGCCCUUUGCAGGCCUCUUCCGACUUCCCCUUAGCUGUGAGUACAUCUCCGCCCUCCAUGCAGAUGGACCCCUCCUCUGGCACUCUACCUCCUCCCUAUCAGCUAAUUAACUUACCAUCGCACCUGGAGCCUCUUCCUAUUCAGGAUGACCCCCAAGACUACCUCUUGCUCAUCAACUGUCAAAGCAAGAAGCUUGAGCCUACAAGACCACAUGCUGAUUCGGCCAAAUCCACCUCUUCCGAGACAGACUGCAACGAUAAUGUCCCUUCUCAUAAAAAUUCUGCUUCCUCUCAGAGCAAGCACACGGUGAAUGGCUUUUUUCCACAGCAAACCUUGUACGACCCCCUCCCCUCCUCCAGCCUGUAUAACCUGCCUCGGAGCUACUCCCAUGACGUCUUACCCAAAACAGCGUCGCCAUCGAGCACGGAGGCGGAUGGGGAGCUUUACGUCUUUAAUACCCCGUCGGGAACGUCAUCCCUAGAAACACAAAUGAGGCACGUUUCCAUUAGUUAUGACAUUCCCCCCACCCCCGGGAACACGUACCAGAUUCCCAGAACUUUUCCUGAAGGAGCUCUGGGCCAGACGGCCAAACUAGAGACGAUCCCAGAUAUUCCUCCACCUCGGCCCCCGAAACCGCACCCUGCUCACGACCGAUCGCCUGUGGAAACCUGUAGCACCGGCCGCGCUGCCUCAGAAACCGACAGCAGUUACUCCAUCCCCACUGCUGCCGGCCCACCAGCGCGGAGUAACACCAUUUCUACUGUGGACUUGAACCGUCUGCGUAAAGAUCCUAGUUCUCAAGACUCCUAUGAUAUUCCACGAACAUUUCCAAGUGAUAGAUCUAGCUCCCUUGAAGGCUUCCAUGCCCACCUCAAAAACAAAAGCAUGUUGACAGUGGGGAGUGUGUCAAGUGAAGAACUGGAUGAAAACUAUGUCCCAAUGAACCCCAACUCUCCACCACGACAGCAUUCCAGCAGCUUUACAGAGCCAAUUCAUGAAGCUAACUACGUGCCAAUGACCCCUGGGACAUUUGACUUUUCAUCCUUUGGGAUGCAAGUCCCACCUCCCGCUCAUAUGGGCUUCCGGUCAAGCCCAAAGACCCCGCCCCGGAGGCCAGUUCCUAUGACAGACUGCGAGCCCCCACCUGUGGAUAGGAACCUCAAGCCAGACCGGAAAGGUCAAAGUCCCAAAAUUUUAAGACCUAAACCCCAUGGUUUAGAGCGAACUGAUUCACAAACCAUAGGUGACUUUGCUACAAGACGAAAGGUAAAGCCAGCACCACUGGAAAUCAAACCAUUGCCAGAAUGGGAAGAGCUACAAGCCCCUGUGAGAUCUCCUAUUACUAGGAGUUUUGCAAGAGACUCCUCCAGGUUUCCUUUGUCUCCCAGACCGGAUUCUGUUCACAGCACAACUUCAAGCAGUGACUCCCACGACAGUGAAGAGAACUACGUGCCCAUGAAUCCGAAUUUGUCCAGUGAGGACCCCAAUCUGUUUGGUAGCAAUAGCCUGGAUGGAGGAGGCAGUCCAAUGGUCAAGCCUAAAGGAGACAAACAGGUGGAAUACCUAGAUCUUGAUUUAGACUCUGGGAAAUCAACCCCACCACGAAAGCAAAAGAGCAGCGGCUCCGGCAGCAGUGUGGCCGAUGAGAGAGUGGACUAUGUUGUAGUGGACCAACAGAAGACGUUGGCACUGAAGAGUACUCGAGAAGCCUGGACUGAUGGGAGACAGUCUACAGAAUCUGAAACUCCAACCAAGAGUGUCAAAUGAAGAUCCUCUCACUGCCUUCCAAGAACCGAAGCAGCCAAAAUCCUCAAGAUAAUCCCUGGUAACAGAUGGUACAGAGCCACAUCCACAGCAGUGUUGGACUGAAGAGGACUUGACUGCUCAACUCCUGCUAGAACCUUGAAAUGAUUGGAGUUGAAGUCAAUGGACAUUUCAGACAAAAUCAAGCAGUUGAUUAUCCUAAAUGGUGCUUUGUGGUAUCUGAACAAAUUAUAAGAUGUAAAUAACAUAGAAAAAUAGUAUUGGUUAGCUCCCAGACAAACAUUUGUUCUCCAGUUAAUACAUUUGUAGUAUUACUAUAUUUAUGCACUUUUUCAGUUAAAAUAUGGGUUCCGGAAUGCCUAAAUGAUGUACCUUAAUGCAGUUCUUUGGGGAGCUCUCAUUUUUCCUCACACUACUCUAAAUAACAAUUCUAGAUUAAUUAAGCUACAUAUAGAGUGGAAAUUGGUGUCUACACUUCACUUUGCCCAUUUUUAAAUGCAUUAGAAGCAGAUUCACAACUUAAUUGACUACCUGAAACUUCAAGUGGUGAACAGUGGUUUACUGCUGUUUUUUAUUUAAUACAAAAUAUAAUUAGGGGCUUACCAUUUGCCCUCCUAACACAUAUGCUAUAAGUUAAUAAUAAUGAACCAUUCUGGAUUUAGGACCUAGUAUUCUCGCUUAGCCUCAUCUAGUUUAGCCAUGGAAUUCCUCUAGUUGUUGUUGUUCUUGUUGUUAAUGACAGUGUUUGGGGUUCAUUGGGUGAAGAUUCUGCAGGGUAGGAUCUUGCACUUUUUAAAGACUCAGUAAUUAAGUAUCAAGUUAGCCUGCAAACCACUGAGGGCAUGCAGUCAUGUUGUGCUUCACACUUAUUAACAUGGAUUGAUCUUUACAUUAUUUACGAAAGGUAGAAACUAGCGAAAUAAUCAGGUACGUCCGGAGCAAUGCUGUGCUAAUCACACUGAUCGGCUUUAGACAGUGAGCUUUUAGUCUUAUUUACAAGUCCUGGCAUUUGGUUUCCAACUUGAAAUUAGUGGGACAGUUGACAUUCACUGUUAGUACUAGUAACAUACUGUGAUUUUUUAAUUAGACAGUAAUACAGAUUUAUUAUUCUAUGAAUGGAAAUAACUAUGUUUUGACACCAUAGUGCCCUUUCUAUGAAUUUUUAUUUUACUUAAUCUCCUUCUUGGCCUUAUAUUUAAAUCCCUAUGCAACUGAUAUUUUAUAUAUAUAUAUAUAUACACAUUUUUUUUAAAAAAAGAAUACAUGCUGUAAUAUAAGUAAUUGCCACGUGUGACUCCUAUUGCUUUUCCAGUAGAGGAUGUAAAGGUUUUUUGUACUGUGAUUUUUAUUCACUGCCCCAAGUCCAGAUACACUCAGAGCCUCAGUCCAACGUGACAAAUGGCAAAUUUGGCUUUGGGCACCCAUAUCAGGGUGUGUUCUUGAGAGCACCAGAAGAAUUUUGGGAUGACACCAUCCCUCACCUUAAACUUGGUCCUAUGCCCCGAGUACCAAGGCAAUGGCAUUCAAACCUGACUGCAAUGGAUCCCCCCCUGCCUUGGUUUAGAAACAUGAUUUAGUUAUCAGGAAGAAACUACUCUUAUUUACCUAAAUAUAAGGCCUAGUCUAUAUGGAAUAAAAUAUACUAACAUGGAAGAGAGAAGGCUAUGUCCCCAGUUGUAAGCCGUCUCUCCCUCCUUUCAUCCAGACCUCUGAUUGUUGCCUAUUUAAACCAUUGUGUCCUAUUUUCUAGCAUGUUGGCCUUAUUGCUGUGCCUAAUUAUAUCCCUCAAUCCACAGUGUAUAAAUUAUCCUAAUAAGGUAGCUUGUAGAGCUAGUAAUAUUUUGAUGCUUUCAAUGUUUGUUUCUUUUGGGGGGGGGACACAAAACCACACACAAAAAAACCCCAAAAACUAAAACCGGGACGUACUUUCUAAGGUGAUUUAAAAAAUAAAUCAGAUUGUUCAAGAGUGAUGUGUUAAGCUGUUUUGCCAUGCAAGCAUAAAAUAAAAGCUAAGUGCUAUGACAUGUGCCUAAACUACCCAAACAUAGUUAGUUGGUCUGUGAAGAUGCUAAAUUCUGUUGCCUAGUACAUGUGACUUAAAUCUCAAAUGUUUUCAGAGAGAAGUUACUGAUAACUGAGAAAUAGGAACUAAUGUGUUAUUUUUUAAAUUGUCUUUAGGAUCUCAAACUAUGGUGAAAAAAUGUUAUGUUUCUUUUUUGCAUAGCUCUGUCAAGUUAUUCGAUGUUUCCCCUAGGAAUGCAGCACUCCUAGCAGGUCAGAGUUGUGAGUGUUUUCCCCUCAGGUAGAGUGAGCACUCGGUAUUUGAAGUUUUUGAGGAAGGCAGUUUGCUGUAGGAAAUUAACAUCCACUGAAAAUUUCUUGCCGAUAUUCAAUGAAAGAUGAAAUUCUCGUGGAAAGUGAGUCUGGUGCUAAAUCAAUCAGUGGGGUUGUGGAUGUCCGAGAACACUGGGCUGGGUUUGGGGAUCUCAGCUCUUUUUUUCCCUUGUGAUCAGUGUUCAGAAAAUGUUAAAUAUGUAUUUUAAACAUUAAAAAUAAUUUUGUUAAUGGCUUGCUUUCUAAGCAACUACCACACUUCAUGAAGGUGUCUAGUGUUUCACAACUUAAUCUUUAUUUACAUUUUUUAAAAAUUCAGCUUUUCUACUCGCCUGACUUUCAAAGGAUUUAAGCUAUUUGAACUUACAACGGGCAUCUUAGUCCAGUUUUUAAGCUGUCAGUGGUAACGUUUUUGUCUGUACUCUCGCCAAUUACGCGUACACACAAAUAUAUCAAUACCACAUGAGCAACUGUGAGCAGAAUAGAGAAUACUACUAUGCAGAUACUCUGAGGUACAUAGUUAGACAUAGGCACCUGUGACUUCUAAAAAAAAAGAAACUACACGCAACUGAAGAAAUAGGAGACCAAACUAAAUUUGGGGUAUAAACCCAGUAGUGCAUAGCCCCAUUACAGUUUUUGCUGGCCUCAUUUUUUUCCCCUAAACUAGGACAAAUGGACUUAGAGUUAAUAUUUGUGGAUGCUAGUAAGUUGAAAAUAUCACAUCAGUUUUAUUCCCAUCGGUAGGAAGUAACCAGAUUUCUCCCCUUCUAUUCUGUUGAAUCUUUUUCAAGGUUUCAUGGCUACAUAACUAGAACACUAAGUAGAAUGUGCCCAACUGCUUCCUUUUUUUGCCUCAUCAAAAUUAUAGAGUUAUUCAAAAUCCUUAAUGUUUAGAAACUGUGAGAGAUGAACUAUUGCCUCUAGUUUUAGGACCCAACCGCUGAUGGUGGAAGGCAAGGCCGGCCAUAUAGUAAAAGGCAAUAUGAGUAUAAAUGAACAAAUCAUGCAUAUACCUAUGCACAUGUGUGUAUAUAUAUAAAUAGGAUUUCCCACUACAGCACAGCUGUCAAUAACAUCCUCAUUUUUAUAAAUGGUGUGUUUUCCCCAAAAAUUCAUAGCUAUGAUAAAAUGAACUUUGAUCCAGUUUACUCAUUGAAUUUGGCAAUUUUGCUUUAACUAUUUUUUGAUGUAUUUACACAGACAUAUCAACAAUGCCCCACAAAUAUAUAUAUAUAUAUAUAUAAGAUUUGCCAUUCCAAGUAAGACCUAUGGGCUGUUCAGUUCAGUACUGUGUCUGACAGUACGCCCAGCAGUGUUGAUUUGUAGGGAGGUGUGGUUGCCCUCUCUAUGGGCAGCCCCCAAAAGUUAGGAAAUAAAUUGUAACUGGUUCAAUUCCCCAAUUCUCUUGCCUUUUCUGUACUUCUGCAGAGUAAAGUUAGGCGGAGUAAUUCAUGAAUAUUCUAGGAAUUCAAAUGUAAAUAGAAUUUCUGAGAAGAAAUAAUCUUUCUUGGUUGUGUUGUAGAAGCAGAACUUCUUGAUUACCCAUUUUGUUGUGAGAAAUCUCAUGGAGAAUUGAAAGGUGGUUGAGUGACAGGUUACAUUUCAUUACUGUUGAGCUAAUCUGGUAACACCUCCCUAAACUUAGCCAUUUUAACACUAAGCAAAAUUAUUUUUCUUAAAGGUUAUUAAAAUAAAUGGAAAAUUGUAAAAAUUUCAAAACAAAAGUUUCCAAGCUUGUUUCUCUAAUCUGUGUAUGGCCAAAGACUGGGGUUUUGCUUUUUUUCUUUUGCUACUCUUACUUGUUUUAUUAAAUUACUGCCUCUGAGAAA